AUGCACACGCUUCCCUUAGGCCUUAGGCCAAAUUCUGCAGCUGAUACACAUGCAGAAGGUAGUGAUGAGGAAGAUGAAGCCUAUACGAGUAUCGUUCCUAACAGAGAGGUAGAAUGGAAACAAAACAACACUGAAAGUGAUUACCCUGACUUUGACGAGGAUGGUGAUGAUAAAGAAUCAGAAGAUGAGGAAGUUGAUGAAGACUCCUAUUUAUCAAGUCCAAUGAUUGAAAAACAUCCGUUUGAGGAGUCGCUAUUCAUGCGUGCGUUAGAUAUUACAAGUAUGCAAGCACUUGAAUUUCUAGAAUAUGCUAACUUAGAGAUGUGUGACGUUGUUCGUGGGUCAAUUGUUCAAUUAGAUGUUGUUAAAGCUUAUCACAAUGAUGAGUUGGUUCCUGAUGUUCAAAUAUUACGUCAUAUUUUUUGGAGUUUUGCUCCUUGCAUUCGAGCAUUCAGAUACUGCAAACCACUUGUGCAGGUUGAUGGGACACAUUUAUAUGGAAAAUACAAGGGAGCUUUAUUGGUAGCUGUUGCACAAGAUGACAAUCAAAAUAUUUUGUUGAUUGGCUUUGCUAUUGUUGAAGGAAAAACUGCAGAUGAUUGGCAAUUUUUCCUUGAGAAUUUAUGCAAACAUGUUGUAACGCAAGAUGGUGUUGGUAUUAUUUCUGAUCGGCACAAGUCAAUUAAUGCAGCAAUAAGACGAAGUAACAGACAAUGGGAACCUCCAAAGGCCUUUCAUAUGUAUUGUAUCAGGCAUAUUGCUGCUAAUUUCUUGCAAAGAUUUAAGACACCUUACUUACAUAAACUUAUCAUCUGCAUCGACAGUGGUGGGGACAUAAGCUAUUCAUCCACCAAAAACUGUUGUUGCUGGGGUAAUACUGGUCAAUUUCCAUUCCUUGUAAUGUACGCUGAUAUCGUUGUUCUCACAUUAUCACCCAAUCAUUAUAGUCUUGGUUGGAUAUCAAAGACAUCUCCAUCUGAGUAUAAGUGGAAAUAUUACUGGUUUACCAGUGUCUCUUCUUGUGACAUGGCUCUAGUGAACAUAAGCUCAAGAAUCCCCAUUUACGCAAACAGGAGCAUAUGGGAGUGCGAGAACGCAACCAAGUUUCAACGUUCAAAAGGGGUAUUUUAUGGCGACAACCCUUUAGAUUACAUACUGUCACUGGUCAUUCUUCAAAUCGCCAUAGUUUCAUUGUUGACCUCAUGGUUACAGUUCCUUCUUAUCCCACUUGGGGAGGGUAGCUUCGUUCCACAAGUGCUGGCGGGGUUGAUAGCUGGACCUUCAGUACUGGGAAAUGCUGAAAGCGUUAGAAAGUGGCUAUUUCCCAAAAAAUCUUUCUACGUAAGUGAGACAAUAGCUUUUUUCGGGAGCAUCAUGUACAUGUUCAUGAUUGGAAUCAAACUUGAUUUACCUCUGUUAUUGAGAGCAGGGAAAAGGACUUGGGCCAUUGGCAUAUGUUCUUCUCUAAUGCCAGUUAUACUUAGCACAUUAGUUGCUUUUAUUCUACGGAAAACGUUGUCUCCAGAUCAAGCCCUUCACAAGUCCCUAAUUUAUAUAUCAUGUUUCUUAUCAUCUAGUUCCUUUCAUGUCACUGCAUGUCUUUUAGCAGAUUUAAAGCUCCUCAAUUCAGAGGUUGGUCGAUUAGCACUCUCUUCAGCUGUGGUGAGUGGGUUAGUCUCUUCGAUGGGGGUGACUUUUAUCAUAUCACAACAACAAACUAGUUUAAGGAAAGAAGAUGACAAUUCUUUCAAUUUGAUGAUCAUUUCUUUGAUUGUUAUGGUCGUUUUCAUAGUAUGUCUUCUUCGACCAAUCAUGUUAUGGAUGAUACGCCAAACACCCCAAGGGAAGCCUAUCAAAGAGUCCUACAUAGUGUCCGUAUUUCUUAUGUUGUUGGUGUGUUCAUUGCUUGGUGAGUUGAUUGGGGAGCACUUCUUGAUGGGGCCUGUUCUCUUGGGCAUGGCAGUGCCAGAAGGGCCACCACUAGGAUCAGCAUUGAUUGAAAGGCUAGAUACUAUGGUCUCAGUAGUGUUUAUGCCAUUGUACUUCCUCUUCACUGGUGCCAGAUGUAAGCUCUAUACAAUUGAUGCCCAAAGCUUUGUAAUUGUGCAGCUUGUGGCUAUAAUUAGCUGCUUUGGGAAGGUGAUAGGAACCAUAUUGCCUUCAAUAUACUGCAAGAUUCCAAUGACUGAUGCUCUCUCCUUAGGUCUCAUUCUCAGUGCCAAUGGCAUCACCCAGUUGAUUUACAUACAGAGUUGUCUAUACCUUGGUAUUAUAGAUGAACAAUCAUAUAGUAACAUGGUGGUAGCUAUACUAUUGAUUACAGGAGUGGUCACUCCCACAGUGAAAUUCCUGUAUGACCCAUCUAAGAGGUACUUGUCCUUAAACAGGAGGAGAACCAUAGAGCAUUCCUCUCCCAAUGCUGAACUUCGCUUGAUGGCAUGCAUACACCAUCAAGAAAACACCCCACCCAUCAUCAAUGUUCUUGAAAUGUCCAACUCCUCAAUUGAGAGUCCCAUAUGCUUCUAUGUCCUUCAUCUCAUUCAGCUAAAAGGCAGAUCAGCCCCACUUUUCAUUGAUCAUCAACCCAGCAAUAAGGCCAAUUCAUCCCACUCUAGUCACUCACAGAAAAUAAUAAAUGCCUUCAAAUCAUAUGAGCAACAGAACAUAGGAAAAGUGGUGGUGAAUCUCUUCACAUCCAUCUCUCCUUACGAGACAAUGCAUGAUGAGAUAUGCAUGCAAGCUGCAGAGAAAAGAGCGUGCAUGGUUAUUAUGCCUUUUCACAAACAAUGGACAUCAAGUGGGAUGACAGAAUCAGCACACCCCAUUAGAGCAUUGAACCGCCAUUUGCUCAGAACCGCUCCUUGUUCGGUUGGUAUCCUAAUUGAACGUGAGAACUUGAUUAGGAACAACCCUUUAACAUGUGUAACCUUUUACAGUGUUGGAAUAGUGUUUAUAGAAGGACCAGAUGACCGUGAAGCCUUGGCUUAUGCAAUGCGCAUGGCUGAUCACCCAAACGUAAGGGUCACGGUAAUUCGGUUGAUAGAGCCUCGUAAGAAGAAUAGAAAUUUUAUCAAUAGAGACCCUGAUGGUGACUUGAUUCACAAGUUUAAGAUUGACUACAUCCAAGUAAAAAGACAUGAUUAUAGAGAGGAAAUUGUGAGAGAUAGUGUGGAAAUGAUCAGUAUCAUUAGGACAUUGGAAGGUUGCUUUGAUUUGAUUUUGGUGGGCAGGCGCCAUGAAAGUGAGUCUUUAUUGUUCAGGGGAUUGACAGAGUGGAAUGAGUAUCCAGAACUUGGCCCUGUUGGUGACGUGUUAGUGUCUUCGGAUUCUACAUUUGAUGGGUCUGUUUUGGUGGUGCAGCAACAAAAUAGGGUAGGGGUUGGUCAUCAUGAUCUGCAUCUAGACAAUUCCACCUAUUCCAAGCAUCAACACUUAACCAUUGUGGAAGUGCCCCGUAGUAAAAUGGUGUGGCCAAUUGUUUAA